UGAGGGUGCAAGUGUAUCUGCAGCUGAGUGUGUCCCAUUGUUGUCAGGGAACAGUUGUACCAUCUCGUGUUGAGUCCUCCAUAAGAAAACGCUGGCUGCAUUUUGAUGAUUUUUGAAAAAAAAAUGUAUUUGAAUUGUUCAUUGUAUUUUGUCUCAUAUUAUUCCGUUGUUAGUGGGUUUGCAGUCAUGUGUCUUGUUUCAGUGGAUGAAGGUGUGCGACCCAUAGAAAACAGAUCUCACAUUGUUACAGCGACACCUAGUGGAUCUACAGGGUACUACACCUCCUGGACACAUUUUGCAGGAACAAUAGAGACCCCCCUCCUCUCGCCAUCUCGCUCCUCACACCGCUCCUUUUGUCUUUCCAUCUCUCUGGGCUCUCCCGGCGGAUUCAUCCUCCCCGCAUCGCUUCAAUCUUCAUUCCUCCUGUGUUUAAAUCCCAGCCCCACCGAGAUGAGCGUGGAGCCCUGGGCCAGCCCGCAGGACCAGGCAGCCGCUGAGCACUCACACAGCACACACGCGCCAUCCUCCCAGGACCAGGACCAGCACCCCGACAAGCUCUGCCUGGACUCGUUCUGGAGUGAGGUGGAGACCAUUCAGCAGGGGAGUGGCUAUACAGACCUCGACUGCAGCAGGAGAGACUCCAGACAAUCAGAGGAAGGCGAACAGGAGGAGCAGUGGUUGGCUGAUGCUGGCUUAUCGACCCUCAUCAGCGAGGACAGCGAGGAUGUAGACAGAGCGGUGCUGCUGUCCACUCUGACCCGGACCCAGGCCGAGGCCGUCCAGCGUCGACUGGAUUCCUACACGCUGUCCCUCCGCAAGAGGAACAAACCGGCCCCGCGAGACGUUCGCGACAUCUUCAACUCCCCCAUCACUCAGACCCUUCUUCCUGAGUCUCAGCAUACCGAAGACUCUGCCCAAACCAGCAUGGCAUCGGUUGCUAAAAAUCCCCUUUCAGCUGUGACGCCGGAGCAUCAUAAAGGCGCUCCAAAAGAGGAAUUCUUCAUCACCGACGUGGCUUACUGCGAACAGGCCGUCAUCUUCCUCAAACAGGCCAAACUUCCGCAGAACAACAGCCAACGCCGAAAAGAGGAUGGCACCCUGCCUCGGGUGAUCUGUCCCAAGUGCCGUCUAGGAGUGACCUGUAUUCAGGAUCUCUCCCACUCUGACAUGAAGAAGGUGCGUCAGUUAGCUCUCAUCGACAUGACGGCACUGUGUGACCUUUUAGAGCUGGAGGUCAAAAGGCACAAAACCGGCAAGAGGAAAAUCCCAGAGAGCACGCUCUACGGUGUGCCGCUGGCCACGCUGCUGGAGAACGAUCAGAGAAUUAAGCCCAACACCACUACUCCUCUCUUCAUGCAGGAGUUGUUAUCAUUUUUGGAAAAAAAAGGUGUCGAUUCGGAGGGGAUUCUGCGGGUUCCAGGAUCUCAGUCAAGAAUCAAGCUGCUGCAGCAGAACUUGGAGACCAACUUCUACUCAGGGCAGGUGAGCUGGGACGAGGUGAGUCCGAACGACGCUGCAGCGCUGCUUAAGAAGUUCAUCAGGGAGCUGCCCGCUCCUCUGCUCACCGCCGAGUACCUCAACACCUUCAGCGCCGUGAGAGACAUCACAGAGCUGAGGCAGAAACUCCACAUAUUGAACCUGUUAAUCCUUUUGCUGCCUGAGCCCAACAGGAACACACUGAAGGCCCUCCUCGAGUUCCUCAGUAAGGUGGUUUCUAGGGAGAAGAGGAACAGGAUGAACCUGUGGGCCGUAGCGACCAUCAUGGCUCCCAACCUCUUCCUCCAUAAGGCCGUCCCCAGCAGGCUGACGGAAGGGGCUGAGAAAGGACACGUGGAGAAGGCAGCUGAUGUCAUGAGGCUCCUCAUCCGCUACCAGGACCUGCUCUGGACGAUCCCCAAUUUCCUCAUGAGCCAGGUGCGUAAGCUAAAUGAGAACAGUAACCGGCGUUACCAGUUCUAUGAUCGCCGCAUCAAGAACCUGCUGAGGAAGAUCCACACAGACAGCCGCGAAAAACCUGAUAAGAACACCCCAGAGCCGUGCCGCACAGUGAAGAUCCAGGUCGGGGAUCUGGUGAGCAGCACCAUGGAGUUCCAGCUCAGCAUCAACUCCCGAGCCUCAGACCUGCUCGCCCAGUUUCAGCGCCAGUCCCUCCGCAGCCCGGACAACGGAAAGGGCAAAAUGCGAAGAAACGGCUCCGUGGCGUAUCCUGACUGCGCGCUGUACGAGGUGGGAGGGAAUAUUGGUGAGCACUGCCUGGAUCCCGACACACACCUUCUGGAUUUGUACAACAGCAACUCUGGAGGAGAGUGGGUCAUCAAGAUGAAACCCAACGGCAGCAGACAGCUGUGAAGGACCCACGAACAGAUCGGGGAACAGGUUGCUUAAGAAGGACAAAGGCAGAGCCUAAAAAAAAAGAUCAAAUCCACGCAGCCCUCUCUUCUUGUCCUUUUCAUCCUUGGAGCAGCACGGGAGAAGGAGACAGAUGGUCAGAUGGAAGGAGCAGAAACAGAUAGAAGGAGAAUCUGCCAGGAGCAGAGCCUAAGAACCGUCUAUGAUCAGAUGAACACACUUUGCCCUCCGUCUCUUUCCCUCUACCCUUUUCUCUCUCUCCAUUUUCCCCUUCUUUUUCUCCCAUCACCCUUUCAUUCCUCGCCUGCGUUACCGUGGGGCUGCGACGCCGCGAGCACAAAGACGCUGAUUUGACUCAUUACUUCCGACAGAGAACCUGCUGCAUAGAAAACAGAAGAGAGAGGCUGGGCAGUUCGGUUCAUCAUCUUUCCUCUCAAGCAGUCAUAUACCACCAUGAGCGAGCAGAUGGGGAUGCAGAGCACCUCUGGCUAAAGAGAGCAAAGGCCCCACCCCCUUCUCAGGCCAGUAAAUGUGUUUUCAAAUCAAAGUUUUUUGCAAAAAGCUGAAACAUGAUUCAGGAGCUUUACGAGCAUAUUAUUGGUUAAAUUGGUGUCUAAUCCUGUGCCAGACAGUACAUUUUGAAGACAUUUUGAAGAUUAAUUAUUGACCUUGGAAACUGCAGUUAGUUGCUGUUUUUGGAAAUGUUGAUAUGGCAGAGAAAUCUGCUUUCUCCACACAUUUACCUGAGGAAAUCUGGUUUCUCUAAUCCCCCUAUCUGAAACUGCAUACAAACACAGUGGCAACAGUAGUUAUCCAUUGAGCUUAUGAUUUGGACUAACUCUAGUUAUAUGUAAUACUUUUUGAAUUGCUGAUAAUUAAAAAAACAGUAGCGAUGAAAGAUAAUUAAAAACUAGUGGUUGCAGCUAACCUGGAGACAGGACUUUAGUUACCAACUGAUUGAUCAGUAAAUAGACCAGCUCUUUUCCAGCUCAGACAUUUUGAUCAAAAAGUAAACAAAGACAAAGGAUUCUUGUCUGUGCCAUUCAAAGGGAUGAACGGAUACUUUCUUAUCUGUGAAACGCUGCAAUCUCCUGGGCCUUAUAACAAAAAAAAAAGAAAUCCAUGGACUUCCAAGGACCCCUGAUGUGUACAGAACAGUGCUCAAAGAGACUUUUCUGUACUUCUUUUGAUACCAAGGGAUUUGGUGUCACAACCUCAAGGACAGCUCCUGCACCUCUAAAGGGAGUUAUUAAGGACUCAGUGAAGCUGGUCUUCAGUUCUCAUUUUUAAACACAUGAAUGGAGCCAAAAGUGCUGCAUUGACUCUUGGGGUAAACUGGAAUUAUUGUUGUUAUUUAUAUGAAUGUAAUGCCAUUGUUGCUUCUGUAUGUGAUGAGUAUUAUGUAGGCUGUAGAGAGACUUUAGGAUAAUGUGGAGUUGCUCCACUCAGUGUAAAAGUAUGUUGUGUGAAGUCAACCAUACUCAGUGUGGAUAUUUGCAGUGUUCUUGUACAGAUUUAUUGAUGCCGAGUUGUUUUCCGAUACAAUAUGCCAACAGUA